UGUGAUAAAAUUUUGAAUCAUACAGAGUUUGUGCCAAUUAAAGAGUUUCGACACCGCCAACUUCCACAUCCUUACAACAAGGAUAAGAUGUUUGACAACUUGGUUACUGCCCUCGGCAAACUUGUAGUGAAGAUAACUUUUAAAGGAACAAGUCCAAAUCGACCAGAUAUUGGAUUGGUGGAACUUCAGACAACAGAUGAAAUGGUCGGGAGUGGAAAUAUCAUAUUUUCAGAGGUAAAAGAAAUCUCAAGAUUCUGCAGAUGUCCCUGUCGAGGCUGUAAAACUAAUCCAGUCGAGUAUUGGGGAGAAAUUAAAAUUAGGACUGCUGCCCACGUGGUGUGUGAUGAUAUCGAGGCAUCGCGUGCUGAAUGUCUGAUGUAUUACGAUUCUGAGAACUCUGAUGUGAUCAAACUACAGGGGAUCCGAGUGAGUCAAAUGAGCAGACAAUACGACACAGCUGAGAUUAUUUGUGUUACACACGACGUCAACCUGGCCGAUAAUCUCAUGUACAUGAUUUAUGAUUAUAAAGAUUGUCAUACAAGACUUUACGAAAGAUACCUUACUGAGGGGGUCAAUGACCUAGUUAUACUUAUAUCCCACCCUCACGGGUAUUCAAAACAUGUUACAAUAGGUAAAAACACACAGCGUGAAGUUCUGAGAAAGUUGCGUAGUGACAUUGGUUAUGUCAAGAAUUAUUACGACAAUCACUCCUGUCCCGGAAGUAGUGGGGCACCAGUUUACAUGUUGAGCAAG